AUGGAACAGGAGAAUGUCAAGGAGGACAUUGCACGCUUGAAGCGAUCAAGGGGAAAAGUUGCAGAAGAGUCGAGGAGUGAUGGACGGCUUAUUGAACUAGAUGAAGCAAUCGAAGCUCUUGAUGCAGCCAUUGAGUACAAGAAUGAAUCCAUUCACAACAAACAGGCAGAGAUCCGACAGUCACAGAUUAUGGCUCAGAGUGAGGACAACUUGAUGAAUCGCCUCAAGUCGCUGACCACCGUGGAGACCAAGUCGCUGCUGUCCAAGUACUUUGAGAAGGUGGUCAGUCUCCGUGAGGAGGAGAGGAAGCUAGUGCUGCAGUGUGACGAGCUGGAGGUGAAGAUAGGCGAGCAGGGCCGAAUUAUUCGAGAACUUGAGGCUUUGCAGAGAAACAACAUGGAUUCAGACCCGUCGUCUUGUGCAGCAGCAGAAGUACAACAGCUGGAAAAAGAUCUGUAUUACUAUAAGAAAACUAGCAGAGAUCUGAAGAAGAAGUUCAAAGAUCUGAUAACGAAAGGAGUUCUUAGUGCACAAGCUUAUGAAGACACAGGAGUUAACAGCUCAAUCCAAAGUAAUGCAGAGAAUGAAGUGUCUACCCCCAGAGCAUAUGUACCCACCCCCAGGGACUCACAUUCUAGUCGUGACUCUCAUAUCCGUCCAGGAAGUGGUCGUGAACGACCUCCAUCCCGUCCACUAUCCAGCCGGUCCGCGCACAAGUCCAGCCAGGACCAACCCCCCAAUGCCACACCGGUGAAGAUUUCUCGUAAAGAUCUGCGUCCAAUGACAGAAGAGGAGGUGUCCAUGAGGAGGUCUCAUCUCAGUCGGAGCGUGGGGCCCUCAACACCACAAGAUUCUUUAGAUGCUGCGAGCAACCCCUGGUCGUGAGAUGCUUCGUAGUUGUCCUACCACGUCUGUGUAGUGUCCUGACGGUGCUAAUCCUAUUACUGACGUUUAGCUUCUUGAGAAGAUUGUCUUUUUUCAUUAUCUUGUCAUAGAUGCAUCAGUGGGCAAUUUAAAAGCCUGGAUUACUGCCAGUCCACUAAACCCAUCAGAUGUGCUAUCUACUUACAAGAUGAAGAAAUCACCAGGAUCUGUAUAGGGUUUUUUCAAGUAUCCAGAAGACCACAGCAACCCACAACCAGUUUUAUUGCUAUCAGUAACGUAUGUUAAAAACCUGCUUGUUUAGUAUGUUAAACUGUGUAUAUUUAAGUACUGUUUGCUGAUCACAAACAGUUAUAUUGAAGUUUGUGGUAAGGUUAAAGUAUGUAGGUAACUCACACCUUGGUAGCCAUAAGUUUGUGGAAGUGUUUACAGAACUAUCAUUAUACACUAUGGUUAGGGGUUGUAUACUACUCAAAAGAAAUUAAGGAAAGCCCAUUUUUUUCAUAGGGCUUAGUCUGUCCUAAUUGGUGGGUACUGAGCAAAUAGCAUUGCUUUUAUGUUCUUUAAUUUGUUUUGAGUAGUAUAAUUCUUGAAACAGUAUUCAACAUUUGGUAGGUGUAGUUAAUGUGCCAUUUACAGUGACUCCACCAUUUCUAUCCUCCAGAUGUAGGCUGAUAUUCCAAUCUUGUGUGUAGCAGUGCAUUUAAACACUUAAGAGAGCAGAUCUUUCCAUCAUAAAACUGUACUGUAAAGUAAUCCCAAAUAUAACAUAUCUUACAUCAUACAACCAGUCUUGAAGCAGUAUAUGAUUACAUGCACACUUGAUUGUGUGACAUUGAGGAUUGGAUGUUUUAACUGAAGGGUAUGGGGAUAUGUUAGUUAACUUCCUUCUGUUUGUUCCAGAAGCUUAACACUGUAUGUGGACUUUGGCCUUUUAACUCACUGUCAGAAAUGCCUGUUUUAACAGAUUGUUUCAAUGCAAAAUUAUUCCAACAGAAAGUGUUAUUUGUUAUUCAUGAAUCCUGCCAUGUGUUUGUUGCAUACUUUGGUUGAUAAGGAAGUUAUUCACAUCAGUUUGUGACUUUAGCCAUUAGUUCAAAGCCAAAACUAAAGUUCCAUUUGGUUUAGUAGGCUCGGCUAAUAAUGGUUCAUAUGUUAAAACUAAAAUAUACUGGCAUGGAGGCUAAGAUUCUUCCUCAGCUAGUAAACUCAAAAGGUUUUGGCACAAACUGUUAUUAUGAAUGUGAUGUACACUUUACAUGUAAAUCAUACAUUUAAACUUGUGAUGGUUCUUUGUGGUCUAGUGUUCAUAGAGUAAUGGAAAAUAAUCUAUUGCUCCAGUCGAUGUUUGUACAGUGGUAUCUCUGUUUGGUGAGCAAUGUCUGUUUACAACUGUCUGCUCAGAAGAGUUUGUCUCAGUCCCAACGUUGAAUAUGAUUUAUAUUUUAGUGUUAUAACUUUGAUAAAAGGAACUUCCAUUUCUUAUAAAUGCAAUCUGAAAUUGUUGUUACACAGCGAAUAUUGACCAAGUGAUGAGUAUGUUAUCAGGGAUGAGAAUUUCCGCUGACAUGCGGUAUUCCAUGGAUUUCCUGAAUUCAGGGCUCCCUUUGUGAUACACACCAUCAAACUGAUUUAAAACAUUUAGUGUUCCAGAACCACUGUAAACAUUCAUGGUGUUUUGUGAAAACACAUUUCCAUUCCAGUAUGGAGAAGUUAAUGAGGAACAGCUUGUGUGUUUUUGUGUUUUGAUGUUAUGAUGCUAGUGUGUUCCGUAGCGUUCUUCCAGCAAUCAAGUGCUAUGUAUCGAGUGUUACCGAUAAACCCUAUUACUAGACUCACACUUACAGAAGACUGUGUGUUGUCAUAGAGCAGGAUUCAAGUUAUGUUUAAUGGAGUAGUUCGUAGUUAAGAGAAAGCGUGCAACCCCAGGGUUCGAAAUUAACACUUUGAGGUAGCAAAUUUGCUAUUCAAAAUCCUAUAUUGCUACCUGAAUAACCCACAGUAGCAACAACUUGCUACCUGGUAUUUUUAGUGAACUGCAAGUUUUGCUGAAACAUUUUCAUCAGAUCCUUUCUAGACUUAACCCUCCAGUGAAUCAUGACAACCACGUCCAGAACCAGUGGGCUGAAUUGAGGUCUUGUGAACAGCAGCAAUGUGUUGAAAACCUAUUUUACGCGGUGCACUGAUACAUAAGGUCUGUCUCACCCAUAGAUGACUUAAUAUAUUUUGGAUGGUCCGGAUACUUUUGAGUUUACAUGGUACCAGACUUAUUGUAUCAUAAAGUGUUACAUUAGACAGAAUAUUUAUAUAGUGGCUUUAGAUAGUGUCACCUGAAUUGUCUCAUUUAUCUCUCUGCCCUUUUCCUCCCCUCUUCUCCCCCCAUUUCUCCCUCUCCACCUGUAAAUGUUGAAAUGAAGUGUCACGCUAUGGAUGUGGUACUACAUAAGUUAUUCUUUUGACAUAAUGACAGUUAUUUAUUUAUCUUCUUGUUUACAUUGUUACAUGUGUGUGAAAGGCUGUUAUAGUAACUAUCUCAAAUGAAUGAAUCCAUUUUCAUUUGAAUGUUAGAACAUGUGUUAUAAAUAUUGGUUCUUAAGGCAUGGUCAGUGUGAUUCAGUCACAGUGUGACAUCCGAUGUAUAUAGUACACAGCAUUAAUUUAUAUGUAUUUGUGAUUGUCAGAUGAUGUUUUUACAAAGGGACCAAACAUCGACAUUGGAACACCAUUAUGUUUUAUUGGUGUUUAUGUCUGAUCACACAGGUAUUUUUGAGAGGCCGAUAUUGUUUUGUAUAUGCACAACAUUCCACGGUGAUUGCUAAAUCGAUUUCUAGUUCACUUAAUAGUACAAAAGGCUAAACUGAAUGGCAAUCUAUUGGCCUUGAAUCACCAGCCAAUAUGGUCAUGGCAAAAACAUUAACCAAAAGCGUUAUUCUUACUAUGUGUAAUUCCUCUGGUAUAGAUGAUUGAUUUAAUAUAGUAUACUGCCGAUUCAGCAAUUUUUGUAAGUUUCAGGCCAAGUAGGCUUGCAUUUUCAUUUUGGGUGAAGGCUGUUGCCAGUGUCGACUGUGAUAUGGCUGGAAUAUUGCUAACAGUGGUGGAACCCAAUGCUUUGUUGCUUUGUUGAUCAGAAUGCUGUUAGCGCUAAGACUACCUUAAGUGUAUGUUAAGCUAUGAGAGUUACAGUCACCUUAGCGCUUUGUACAACAGCACCACCCUGUUGAAUUUGUUACUUUGUGUGUGCUAAACUCUUUACCCAUUAGGAAGGAAAAAUGUUUAGUAAGGAAUAUGUCAGCCCUAUUCAGAGUUUCACUUCAAAAAUAAACUUGUUAAGCUCAACUACAUGAACUGCUGUAUGCCCACCACAACUUCUACUGCCACAGCAACAGCAACAACCACCACCAGGGAUACUGUACAUCGAUAGAAUCAAAGAUACUAGUAGUUUAAAAUCAAAAUUACCUAGCCAAGUAUACACCGUCCAUAUUUGUGUGUGAUUAAUGUCCAAUUAUUCUUAUUAUGAUCAGCUUUAAUGACUGUGUUAAAGUUGCUGUCAUGAAUCUCAGCAUCCAAUCACCAGUCCUGACACACAGGUGUUCUAUGUGGUCCAUUAAUGUCCAUAUGUGGCCCAUGGGUGUGCUCUUUUCCCCAUAUAUAUCCUGUUUUCUCAUCGAAAUAUACCGUAUUUGAUCAUUUACUAUUUGAAUUUUGUUUUUUGACAAGCACAUCAAUUGCAAGUUGAAAAUGAUUUUGUGAAAGAUUUUCGGAAAUAAGUUUCUGUGAAGACUUAAAGUGUAAGUAAAAGACAUUUGUUCUUAAUACAUCUUACUGAAGCUGACCCAAACAUGAUUGUAUCAUAUUGUAUAAUAAAAUUAACCAUAAUGUACUGUCAAAAAAAAUGGUGACAAGUGGCCAUUCUUCAUAAGACCAAACAAGACUGUAAAUGUUGUCUUUUGUAUCAAUCUCUGAUCCUCUUCCACCAUUUGGACAUGACAUUUAGGUAUACAUUUGAUUGAAUCAAAACAAUAAUUUGAUUGUGAUGUAUAAUGCUUUACAUCAAUGCAUGACAUUUACCAGUAUUCUCCUGCCAUUGGUUAACUACUACUUACAAAGAGUUAAAGAAUUCUCAAUCCUUUAAUAUUACAAUAGUUAAGUUGCCAUGGUAAUAGCAUACAUGUUCCUGUGAUACACUGUGGUGAUGUAUAGUACAGUUGCCGUCCAUGUCCAACAAUUGUUCUCCUAGCCAUGUGAUUUACAUGACAUUCCACUGUCUUUACAGUUACUGCUUGCAGUAUGUGAGUAAUUUCCAAGCAUUUGUGAUUUAAUGUCAUGUGUACUAACACAUAUUCUCAGUUAACAGCAGUUGCUGUUUUAAUAGUCCGACCCAAUAAUAUUCUACUCAAAAGAAGUUAAGAACCACACAAUUCUUUAAGUUUACUAUUUUUAAAUUUCAUAGCAUUACACUGGAUUGUCUGAUCCUGUCUGUUAUUUACAGACCUGUGCCAUAGAUGGAAUAUUGCAGAGUGAGAUGACAAACAAAAAGCAAAUGUAGCCCGAGUUAUUCAUAUGACCAGAUGUUAUCCAUAAUUGGGUGACAGAUUAACUACAGUCAUUUGAUACAAAUUGUAAAAAUUGGGCGUUCUUAACUUCUGUUCAGGAGUAUAUACAAAGUGCAGGCUGAAUAAUGUUUAUCUAUAAGUGGUCUGCAUCACUGGCAGAUUUAGACCUAGAAUGAAUUUUGUCCACACCCUCAGAGCAAAACACUUGAUCAUUCAAAUAAACUUAUUCAGUAAGUUUGCUUCAGAAUUAUUCCUCAAAACCUGUUGUAUCAUUUCCUGUGUAAAUGGAACACAAUUGAACACUAAAACCACUGAUUCUGUUCUACGUCAUAUACUUGCAUCUUCACCAUUCAUCUGGUCAGGCAUUUAAGCAGCAUUUAUUUCAGAAAUCAUUUUAUUGUCAUAUGUAUCUGAUCCCUCCAUCAGAAACAACACUAUCUACGUGCAGGUUUCAUUGUGACAUCUUUCUAAAGGCCCCUUUACACUUAUUUCGUAUUGACAGGAAUAAAGGAGAAUCAGCCAGAAAAAAAAAACCUUUCCAAAGUUCGAACCGCAUUGUCAAGCUUUGUAAGAAUGCCGAUUUACUAGCGACUCCCAAAUGCUAUCUGACGUUUGAGUGACAGGUGGCCACGUUUUUAUGCGAUUCGGUGUUGUUCUGAUGAUGUCAGGGCUCAUUUCAAGAGAAUUCGGGACGUUCUGACUAUUCGAGGUACAUUCGAGCUGUAUUCCCACAGCAAUCGAAAUAUCCCGAUAUAUUUGAAGAAUAUUUCACCUGAAUUCCAGCAGCAAUCGAGAUACAUUUGAGGCGCAUUCGGGACAUACUGACAGGAUUUAAAGUGUCUUGCCUUUUCCAUUCUUCCACGAAUACGUUCAGAAUACUUAGAAUGCACUUCACCUACCGUUCGAUAUUUUUCCACUUCGAAUGUACCUCAAAAGUUUUGAAAAUAUUCAAAACAUUUGGGCAUGUUACAAGAAUUGACCCGAAUAGUUGGAAUGCAUUCGGAAUGUAGUAAGAAGUUUAAAAUGCAGUUCAAAUUUCCAGGAAUCUCCAGGAUUUUUUAUUCCGGCUCAUUCCUCCUCAUGUGUAACGGGGGUAUUAGGAAGGAAGUCAGUCACUUUUCAUAUAACAGUUUUUAGAUUUGUGUGUGUGUGUAUGUCUCAAUCCGUAUCCAGUCUGUAUAUGCCUGUAUGUGUAGUUGGCAUCCACCGCUGGCUGUGACCCACCCUAGUAUUGUCCUUUUUCCAGAUCGCCCAGCCAGUUACCUGUCUCAGUCUGUGGUAGGGUUCACUGGUCAACUCUAGCGACCAUUGUCAUGUGUUUGUGAGACCCUUACUACCUUAUGUCAUAGGAAAUAAAGAGGAACAUAUCAA